GUUAUACAACUGGCAGUAUAUCAACUGCAUCUUCUAGAUUACACAAAACAAACAAAUGGUUAGCAGCCCAAGUCAAUAUUCUUAGACAUAAUAUUAUCUACCAAAAUACUUAUAUAUCUGCUCAAUCCAAUGAAACCCAUAGUAAUAAAGAAUAG